AUGGAUCAUCCCAAAGCGCCAUAUGACGAAGCAGAGACCGACAAUGUAUCUGGCCAGAGCAUAACAGCCAAUGAACUUUACCGACCCGAUGUCGAUACCUCCGGCGUCGAUGAACGGAAACUCCUGCGACGCAUCGAUAUUUACAUCUUACCGUGGCUGGCCUUCCUCUACGUUCUCAACUUCCUGGACAGGGGGAGCAUAGGGAAUGCUAAGCUGUAUAAUCUAGAACGCGACCUUGGCAUCACCGACAAGCAGUACCUCAUUGCUUUGACAGUCUUCUUCUUUCCUUAUGCCCUAUUCGAGCCCGUCAGUAACGUGCUGCUGAGACGUCUCCGACCGUCCGUAUGGCUUUCCUCGAUGAUGUUAUUCUGGGGCGUGAUCAUGACCUUACAUGGCAUAGCCCACGAUUAUGGCGGCUUGAUAAGGAUUGUUUUCUAUCUCUCAUGCUGGUAUACUCGUAAGGAGCUCGGUUCUAAAUUGGCAAUAUUCUUCUCCUCGGCUACUGUCGCCGGUGCCUUCAGCGGACUAUUGGCUGCCGCUAUUGCGAACAUGGAUGGCAUUGGUGGUAAACCCGGAUGGGCAUGGAUUUUUAUACUGGAAGGCCUGAUCACGGUGGUAUUUGCCGUGGUAUCUUUCUGGGUGGUUCAAGGCUUCCCGGAGAACGCGAAGUUCCUUACUGAAACUGAACGGGUUUUUGUCAUAAGGCGACUUCGAAAUGACAUGCAAUUUAGUGCUGGCGGGGAGAAAUUUUCUUCAAAGUACAUUUGGCAGAGCUUGAAGGAUUGGAAGACCUGGGUCGCCAUGGGCAUCUACAUGGGUUUCGACGGCCCGUUGUACGCGUUCUCGCUGUUCACUCCUACAAUCAUCAAUCAGGUAUUCGAAUUAACGUCACCAUGGUUCCAGGCAACUAAAGCUAACCUUCUUUCCGUCCCGGUCUACGCAUGGGGAUGCCUCGUGACAUGCGUUGUAGGCUUCCUCGGUGACAGAAUAGGGAGAAGGAGUUAUAUCACUCUCGUUCUUUUAGGAAUUGGGUUGGUCGCCUACAUUAUCUUGUUGACCUCAAGAUCUCCAGCAUUAUCGUACUUCGCGGUGUACCUGGCGGUUUCAGCUAUAUACCCUACCAUCCCGAACGCUGUCGCGUGGGUAGCAGGCAAUGUCGAGGGGUCGUACAAACGAUCCGUGACGUUGGGGAUGGCCAUUGGCUUCGGCAACAUCAACGGUGCUGUUGCAGCGAACAUUUAUCGUGCGGAAGACAGACCGUGGUACACUCUUGGCCAUGGGAUUGUACUUGCAUACAUCGCCAUCGGCUGGGUAUGCUCUCUCGUCUUCCUGAUUCUCUUGAAGCGGGAGAAUGCUCGUAGGGAUCGCGGCGAACGAGACGAAGUCAUCGAAGGUAUCGACAACAAACUGGCACACCCUAAGAAUGGCACAUACGAGAGCGUCGACGCUGCCAGGCUCGACAAAGGAGAUGAAUGGAGUGGGUUUAGAUAUAGUUUAUAA